AUGCCCCCUAGAGCCCCCAGGCGAUUUGCUGAUACUUGGAUAGACGCAGUGACAGAGCGAGGAGCACAGAAUAGACGCAAACAUAAGAAGCCAGUUUCCCUUAAAUCUGUUAACUCACCUUUAACCAAUAGAGACGACAAUCUUUCGUGCCCAGCUGACAUCGAAGAUCUGGAUGAAGCGGAGAUUCUCAGGGCCAGAAGAGAAAGUGCCAUCAAUAUUGCUGAUCUAUUGACCGAGCAUGAUGGUGAUAGCGAUCAAAUCGUCUCUGUCCUUACGCGAACCACCACUCGGGCUUCUACUCGUGCCCGAAAUCGACCUGGUGGUCUUGGUUAG